AUGGCCAAGCGACUCAGCCCUCGAAACUCGGAGGUGAACGCUCUUGAGCAGCGAGGCUAUCUUAUAGGCAAGAAGAUUGGACAGGGCUCUUACGCAACCGUCCAUUUGGCAGAGUAUAUUGAUGGAUCGAGCUCGAAAAAGAUGCGUCUGGCUUGUAAGAUCUUUGAUAAAGAGAAAGCGCCAGACGAUUUCUUAGACAAGUUCUUUCCCCGCGAGCUUGAGAUUUUAACAAAGAUAGAAAAUCCGCAUAUCAUUCAAGUGCACAGCAUUCUACAACGUGGUCCGCGCGUCUUCAUUUUCAUGCGCUAUGCCGAUAAUGGCGAUCUUCUGGAUUUCGUGAAGAGCAACGGCGUAGUGCCGGAACAACAGUCGCGACUGUGGUUUCGUCAGAUGGCGUCCGGCUUGCACUACCUGCACAGCAAGAAUAUCGCCCAUCGGGAUCUCAAGUGCGAGAACAUAUUGCUCUCGCGCAAGUUCAAUGUGAAACUGGCGGACUUUGGUUUUGCCAGGUUCUGCAUGGACCAUGAGGGCAGGCGGGUUCUCAGCCAAACAUACUGCGGUUCAGCGGCCUAUGCCGCGCCGGAGGUCGUCGCCGGUACUCCGUACAAUCCAAAAUUGGCGGACGUUUGGUCGCUCGGUAUUAUCCUCUUCAUCAUGUUGAACGGAACGAUGCCGUUCGACGACGAGAAUCUACCGAAGCUCCUCAAAGAUCAGAUAUCGCGCAAUUGGGUGUUCAGGUCCCGCGUCCGUGACACCGUGUCCACGCUGGCAAAGAACAUCGUCCGGCAGAUCCUCGAGCCGGACAUCACUCUCAGACUUACGCUCGAGAGGGUGCUGGGUCACGAGUGGGUGAGAGCAAGGAAGGAUAGAACAGGCUUCCUUGCCGGAAGGCUCGUCCAUUCAGCGCCGCCGAGUCAUACUCCGAUGUGUGGAGGCGGUAACCUAGGCGGGUCGGGAACCGGAAACGUACCUGUCGUAACGAGGGCACAACCCGCAUUAAAAAAUUCGGAAAAUCAGACUCAACCGUCCUCGAAGAUGGUAAAUACCUCAAGGAAAGAUCCACAGCCUAUCAUCGUGGGAUAA